AAAUUGUAAAUUUGCAAAACAUGGUACUCGAAUUUUAAAUACUCCCUUAAUGUAGGGACAUAUUUUGUAAAUUUUCCUAAAAUAUUGGCCCUAAUGUUAUUAUGUUAAUAAUGGUCAUAUAUUUAUGAUUGCAUAUUAGUCAUUUACAUCCCAAUAUAUUAUCUACAGUAUGACACAUACUACUUAUCUCUGCUUAUUUUUGUUUGCCUUCCAUUUCUGAACCUGGCAAACAUCUUAGAGUAACAUUCUGACUAAAUUGUUGGUCAGCGUGAAUGCAUUACAUAUGGGUAUCGUCGUCAACUACUCAACCUCACCAUCUCUCUCUUCCACCAUAUGGAUUCGGAAUAUCCUGUGCUUUCAAUUUCUAAAUAUAUCAUGAUAACUACAUAUCAAUGGCACUUGAUCAUCAAGAUUUCAAUUUUGAAUUCAAUUCUUCAUCAAAGAUGCACAAUCAUGAACCUAGAUGUCUACACUUAUUAGGACAAUCAAAAUAGGUUUCUUUAGUAGAUAGUAACCAUAUAUUAAAUUAAAACUAAAACCUUCUUCCACAUCCAUUGCAUUUAUUAAAAAAUGUUCUUAAAAUGGCUAGUUCCCCCAGAAAUGUGUCCUUGAGCAUUGGAGUGUCGGAAAUCCUCCAAAAGACGUGCUGAAAAUGUUUGAGCUUGUUUGAUGCAUGUUGGUGCAAUUCUGAUAUUGCCUCAAUUUCCCCUUCCAACGCACAAUGUGGUCAUCCAAUAUGGAUUUCCUAGUGAAUUUGAGCGUAAUGUUGUUGCUUAUGAUGAGGGGCAAUCUCGAGAUCUAGAAAAAGUCAUUGUUCUGGGUGACGCCAUAUCAGAUCUUCCUCCUGUUGGGAAUGAGGAGAUUCGUGACAAGAUGCCAUACAAAAAGUGUCCAGAAACUGAGUUUCAAAAGUAUAUUAGAGCAUCUAAAUCUGGUAGAAAUACUUUAUCUUAUCAUUGAACUCUUGAUAAUUCUGACAUACGUUGCAGUUGCUGUUCGUCACUUUCAUUUGUUGGGAAAUUAGCAUAAUUUCAGCAUGUCCAUUUUGUGAUGCGCACUUCAUUCAUACUAUUUGUCUCGUGUUCAUUACAUGUGCUAAUUUGAUUGGGUGCAUAUGUCCUACACACAUCUACUCAUAUGUACAG